AUGAGCCGGCCAGGAGAUUGGAACUGCAGGGCAUGCCAGCACCUCAACUUCCAGAGGCGUGGCUCGUGCCAACGCUGCGGGGAUCCUAGGUCCAGUGCUGACUUUGGGAUCUUUGGUGGGAGAUCGGGUACUGGGUCUUCCUUUGUGGGGUUCAGCACAGGGUCGGAUGUCCGGCCAGGUGACUGGUACUGUACCGCAGGCAACUGUGGGGCCCACAACUUCGCUAGCCGGUCGAGCUGCUUCAAGUGUGGUGCAUUUAAGGAUCAUGAUCAUCAGUAUCAUGACUCAGCUGGGGCCGCCAGCUUCGACGUCUCAUGCGACAUUUCACAGUAUUCUAGAUCAGGUUUUGGUAUCGCCGGCGGCAGACCUGGAUGGAAAUCUGGUGAUUGGAUUUGCAGCAGGUCAGGAUGCAAUGAACACAACUUUGCUAGCAGAAUGGAAUGCUUCAGAUGCAAUACCCCGAGGGACACAUACUAG